CAAAGUACAGAAAUAUUGACUCUCUUCAGUCCGACACACACAUAUACUGGACCGUGUGUGACUUCUUUUGAGGAAUAUCUUUAAGAUGUCUAUUUUACCUGAUGAUGCGGUGUUUGCCGACUUCAGAAAGCAGUGUUUAGCAACGGACAACUGGGUAAACAAGUAUGACAGUAAUGGGAUGCAAGUGUGGGUCGAAGUCCCUGCAAAGAAAGUCAAAAAUGCACCGAAAAUCCACAAGAUCAAGUGUAAAAUGACAAUCAAAGAUGUAUCAGCUGCCACCAUGUACGACGUCCUUCAUGAUAGCCGGUACCGUAAGGAGUGGGACCCCACCAUGUUGGAGAGCUUUGACAUUGCCCGAGUCUCUGCUAAUGCUGAUGUGGGCUACUACUCAUGGCUUUGUCCAAACCCAGUAAAGAACAGAGAUGUAGUGAGUCUGCGUUCGUGGCAGGUGAUGGAAGACGAGUACAUUAUCGUUAACUUCUCAGUCAAACACCCGAAAUACCCUCCUCGCAGAGACCUCGUGAGGGCAAUUUCCAUCCUCACUGGCUAUUUCAUCAAGCCCACAGGACCUAACAGCUGUACUUUCAUAUACCUUUCACAAGCUGACCCCAAAGGUUCUCUUCCAAAGGUUGUGGUAAACACGGCGACUCAAGUUCUCGCUCCACGGGUGAUGAGGUGUGUGCAUAAGGCGGGACAGAACUACCCAGAGUGGAAACAGAAGAACUCUCCCGACCAGAAGCCCUGGUUGUACCCAGAGCAGAACACCCUGCCCAUGAUGGACCCCGCCGAACUGUCAAUACAGAGAGCAGACUCGCUAGAAAACGUAAAUGAGAGAUCCAAGGUGGAAGGUCCGGACAGCGAGGACAGCAGUUAAAAGUGGCGGGAUGAAGGGUAUCCGUGAGGGAGAAAUUAUGGGGGGUGGAAUACACAUACUGACAAAUCCAAUAAGACUCGAGAGCUCGGCUCUCUGAUUUAUCCAGUUUUCCAAAUCAGCAUACCUUUUUGGAUGAGCAUGAAGUGUUUACAGCUGCCUUAUCAGACAGAGAUUAGCACAGAUCAAGUUGCCAUUCACCUCAUGUUGAACUAAGCUGAACAUGUCUCCAGUGUUUGUUUUUUUACCGUGUAAAGGCUUAGAGGUGUUGGGGUUUGAAUGUGUCAUUUAUACAGCACUACAUUUAUAAUAUGUCCUCUGUCAGGCCUAUUUUUAUUUUUAUUUUAUUUGCAGCUUUACACAUUUUAAGUGAGGAAAUGAAGCGUAGUUGUCCACUAGUCGGUCUUCGCCUGUACAAGUGACUGUGAAUGGAAAUAAGAUCAGUGGUGAAAGCAGAGUGAAGUGACAUUAUGUAUUUCUGACACCAAGUUCACUCAUGGUUUUUAUAAAUGAAUUGCUCAUUACAAGAUAAUCUUAGCCCAAACUGGACACUCUUAAAAUAGUCUCUUUUUAUUUUAGUUAAAUGGCAUUAACAUGGCUUGUUACACUGUUAAAGGUUCUGGGUUUGUGCAGCAGCUCCGGGUGUCAACCUCCAAUCUGUUGUUCCAGAAAUACAUAUUUUUGGCUUAAAUGCACUUCACAACCACUACAUUUGCUACUGAUUCUGUUUUUAAAUGUGAACUUUAACCAUUAAUUUUAUUAAGUCAUGAUUAGUGAGCAACUGUGCUGUAUUUCUCUCUUUACUGUGUGAUACAUGAAGACUGUUGGAAGGUUCAUUGUAUUAUUUAGAUGUUGUGCAAUCUAAGUUUAUGCGAUCUAAUCCUAAUUAAUAAGCUGUACAGACCUUAGACUUGCAUUGGCACUCAAGGAGGGAAUCAGUUGUGGAUUUCUGAGAAUGAAAAUCUAGUUAGGUUGUAUUAACAUGUAAAAUGUACAAAGCAAGUUUGCAUUUUGUCAAUUGAAGGAUUGGAAUGACCAUAAGGGAUAUCUUUUAUUUUAUUUAUUUAUUUGAAGUUAAGCUCAAAUGAAGUCAUUGUGGAGAAAAGACCCUGGAAUGAAACCCUGCAGGGUUUUAGUUUGUUUUUUGUAAUGUUGAGAAUGUUACAUGGUCUUGACUUUUUCUAAAAAAAUAAACCUUGCAUGGUUAACAUGCUUUCACUAAUCACUGUUA